AUGUUCUCCCGUGGACUCCGUAUCGCCUCGACCAGGGCCGUCGGCGUUGCUGUCGCCCGUCCUGCCCUCUCCGCCGCCGCCCGUCCUACCACCAUCUCCCACGUCACCCAGGUCUCACCGUCGUUGGCCGGCUUCAACGCCCGCCGUUCCUACCAUGAAAAGGUCCUGGACCACUACUCCCGUCCGCGCAACGUGGGAUCUAUGGACAGGAGGGACGCCGACGUCGGUACCGGCCUCGUCGGCGCCCCUGCCUGCGGCGACGUCAUGAAGCUCCAGAUCCGCGUCGACCCCAACACAAACACCAUCUCCGACGUCAAGUUCAAGACCUUUGGCUGCGGCUCCGCCAUCGCCUCCAGCAGCUACCUCACCGAGCUCGUCAGGGGCAUGAGCCUCGAGGAUGCCGGAAAGGUUAAGAAUACCGAGAUUGCCAAGGAGCUCUGCCUCCCUCCCGUCAAGCUUCACUGCUCUAUGCUCGCAGAGGAUGCCAUCAAGUCCGCCCUGGCAGAUUACCACACCAAGAACCCCAAGGCCAAGUCGACCAACCUCGCCGGCACAGAGGUCAAGUUGCCCACCGGCGAUGCCUCUCCUCAGGCUGCCGCAGCCUAA